UCAACGAAUCAGAACCGUGGAGAUCACGCAUGCGUGGUCAAUGAGAAGGCUAUGUUCCUGGUCAGCCUUUGAACUAAAGUAUAUCGUAACCGUCUCCAUCGUUAAAACCUCUUGUCAGUUUGUUGUGCCGAUCUGAUAACCCGACGUUGCACAAAGUGUAUACUAUGGCACAUUCGGAUCCUCUGGCAUCUGCUGCAGUGGAGGGGCGCCUAUGUGAGGAGUUCGCCAUGCCCUCUCACGUCGAGGAGGUCAAGAAACUGAUGGCGGCAUUUGCCGGACAGCACGGGGCCGCCGGUCGCAGGGUCGUGCUGAUCACUUCGGGGGGCACCAAGGUCCCACUCGAGUCCAGAACGGUGCGCUUCCUGGACAACUUCAGCAGUGGGCGGCGAGGGGCCUCCUCAGCGGAGCAUUUCCUCGACGCUGGGUACGCCGUCAUCUUCCUGCACAGACACCGCUCUCUCUAUCCAUAUACGCGCCGCUACGCUGGCGUCAACCUGCUGGACAGUCUGAGCUUCGAGCAAGGUGGGGAGGGUGCCGAGCGGGUGCUUGUGGAUCAGCAGCAGCUGCCGGGCAUUGCAGCCGUGCUACGGCGGUACCAGGCCGUGAAAGCCACGGGGUUACUCCUGCCCGUGGAGUUCAGCACCUUGUCGGAAUACCUGCACCUACUCAAAGCUUCCGCACAGGCCCUCAGUUCAAUAGGCUCCCAUGCCAUGUUUUAUUUGGCCGCGGCGGUUUCUGAUUUCUACAUCCCAGCUUCCGAAAUGCCGGAGCACAAAAUCCAGUCCUCAAACGGACCUCUGCAGAUAAGUAUGAAGAUGGUUCCUAAAAUGCUCUCCCCACUGGUGAAGAACUGGGCGCCAAAAGCUUUCGUCAUCUCGUUUAAGCUGGAGACGGACUCGUCCAUCCUCCUGGAGCGAGCUCGUCGAGCCCUGGCCACCUACAAACACCAGGCCGUCGUGGCCAAUGUCCUGGACACCCGCCGCGGCUACGUGGCUGUGGUGACCGAGGACUCGCGGCAUGAGCUGGUGCUCACAGAUGAGGAGGCUCAGAAGGGGGUGGAAAUCGAAGAGAAGAUCAUCUGCAACCUGGCGGCUGCGCACACGCAGUUCAUGAGCCAACACGCAUGAGGGAAUUGUUUUGCAGUUGUGAGCAAAAUGCCAGCUUCUAGAUUCAGCCUAAUUUACAGUAGAACGAUCAUAAACCCAGGAAGAUGGCAGUGCGGGAUAGAGUAAAAUACCGAACGUUCCUCAAUCCAGCUCCAAAAACAUCUCCAAGCGCGUUCUCCACAUUGCACUGACUGGCUUUUCCAUUUGCUGUCUAGACGUGCAAGGUUAUGACAGAUUUCUGCUUGUAUUGCUUAUAAAAUAGCAGCCCUUGACUGAUCCGCCCAACUAAAAUAGUAAAAUUGAGCAUAAUUGGCUUUGUUAAAAUCACGCCAGUUAUGCCAUGUUAGAAUUUAUAAGAAAGGGAAGAGAUGGAAGGCUUUAGGCUUGCACAAUUGCUCAAAAAGUGCCACUUGUCAACACUGCAUAAAACACAUGGUGCUUUUACUGUUAAACCGGGUAUGUGGCACACUAUUGGUCUACAGGUCACAGAACUUUGUUAAGGUUUGUUUUUAUAAAUAUGGACUUUCUAUAAAAAGUAUCAAGCAUUACAUGAAAAUCCACAUCUGUUCACUAGUACAUGGUAUUUGAACUUCAGCUCUGUGAAUACAACAUUCAUAUCUGCUCCCUCCCCCCCCAGUAAAACUGGUCCCUAUAUCUAGAUGGA